UUCUUGAGGGAGGACUUGAAUUAUCAUGACCCAACAGUCAAGCACAGCACUUUCCAUGGAGAAGACAAGCUCAUUAGCGUGGAGGAUCUCUGGAAGGCCUGGAAGACAUCUGAAGUGUAUAACUGGACAGUUGACGAGGUGGUUCAGUGGCUCAUCACCUACGUGGAGCUGCCGCAGUACGAGGAGACCUUCAGAAAGCUGCAGCUGAGCGGACACGCCAUGCCCAGGCUGGCAGUGAACAACGCCACCAUGAUGGGGAGUGUUCUGAAGAUGACAGACCGGAGCCACCGGCAGAAGCUGCAGCUGAAAGCUCUGGACACGGUGCUCUUUGGGCCUCCUCUCUUAACUCGUCACAACCACCUGAAGGACUUCAUGCUGGUGGUGUCCAUCGUCAUCGGCGUGGGUGGCUGCUGGUUUGCCUACAUCCAGAACCGCUAUUCAAAGGAGCACAUGAAGAAGAUGAUGAAAGACCUGGAAGGGCUCCACAGAGCGGAACAGUCUCUCCACGACCUUCAAGAACGGUUGCAGAAGGCCCAGGAGGAGCAUCGCUCCGUGGAGGUGGAGAAGGUGCACCUGGAGAAGAAGCUGCAGGAUGAGAUCAGCAUCGCCAAGCAGGAGGCUCACCGGCUGCGAGAGCUGCGGGAGGGCACAGAGAACGAGCUGAGCAGGCAGAAAUAUGCUGAGCAGGAGCUGGAGCAGGUUCGGAUGGCGCUGAAGAACGCGGAGAAGGAGCUGGAGUCCCACUGCAGCUGGGCUGCCCCAGAGGCCCUGCAGAAGUGGCUCCAGCUGACCCACGAGGUGGAGGUCCAGUACUACAACAUCAAGAAGCAGAACGCGGAGAAGCAGCUGCUGGUGGCCAAGGAAGGGGCUGAGAAAAUCAAGAAGAAGCGAAACACCCUGUUUGGGACGUUUCACGUGGCUCACAGCUCGUCUCUCGAUGAUGUGGAUCAUAAAAUCUUAACUGCAAAGCAAGCCCUGAGCGAGGUGACGGCCGCGCUGCGGGAGCGGCUCCAUCGUUGGCAGCAGAUCGAGAUCCUCUGCGGUUUCCAGAUCGUCAACAACCCCGGGAUCCACAGCCUGGCCUCUGCCCUCAACAUUGACCCCAGCUGGAUGGGCACCCCCCGCCCCAACCCCUCCCACUUCAUCAUGACUGACGACGUGGACGAUUUGGACGAAGAGCUGGUGUCUCCCAUGUCCAUACAAUGUACGUGGUCCCUCUUGGCCUCGCGCGCUCCUGCCUUGCCCAGCACAGUUCGCCAGCGCCUGGUGGACCCUCAACACGGCCAUGGAUCCCAGAGAGACUUGACUCGCUGCGACUCCGAGUCCUCCAUCCCGCACCUGAGCGACCACCAGCGUGUCCCCAGCUCGGCCUCCAAGCUGUUGGCUGCUCGCCCCAACCUGCUGACCCGCUCCAUCGAGGAGGUUGCCCCCGGCCACCCUGCCAUGGGCGUCCCCACCCCCAACGGCGGCAGCCGCCACGCGACGGCGGAGACCACCACCACCAUCACCACCACCAGCACCCUGGAGCGGCCACCCGAGAGCCCCAUGGUGAUGAAGAAGAUGAUGAUGGUGGUGAAUCACGGCAUGGAGAAGUCCUCCAGCCUGGGGGAGAUCAGCCACCCGACGGUCGGCAAGCACAGCCACUCGGAUUCCUCCCGCUCCCACAGCCCCAGCUCCACCGACCCCGACACCCCCUCCCCCAUCUCUGACUGCAGGCCCGGAGGCACCAAGACCACCCGCAUCCCGCAGUUGGCCACCAAGAAGAGCCCGGGGGACGAGGACAGCAGUUUGCCGGGCGACGAGGUCGACCUGGGCCAGAGCAAGAAAAAGUUCCCCCUAAAGAUCUUCAAGAAGCCCAAGAAGUAGAGAUUCGGGGUGGGGUGGGGGGUAAGGAGGGGGGAGAAGAAGACACCCCCACCCAGGAGCGUGACCCAGGGAGGGAAA